UCCUGGUGACGGAGCUCGAAGCAGUCACCAAGCUGUAGUUGUGCGCGUACAGCGGUCUUGCUUGAGCUUUCCUGUAAGAAGACGUUUGGGUUUACUUCAUUUUACCGAUGACUUAAUGUUUUCUGCUCCAAGGGAAGAUUUAGAAUCUGUUUAUGGAAGAUAGGCAUGUCAAGAUGGAGAACCGGGGCAGUGUUUUCGGUGAAGAUGGCAAAAAAAUUCCUAUAGACAACCCUUUUCCAGGUAAAGUUACGCACAUCAAGGAAGGCGUGGACUGCUGCAUAGAAGAUGUCAUAAAGCAAGGCUUUGGCCAUUCAAAAAUGGAGGUCAAGGAUGAGGGUAAUGUCCAAGUAAAACAAGAGCAUAUGCUUUCAAAUUCUGCUCUGACAAGAGAAGAGCUUUGUAGGAUGGAAAUUUCUACAGGUGAUACAUUUAAACCAGAAGAGUGUAAUACUCGUAAUAAACGUGCUAAAAAAGACACUGCCUCUCAAGCACUUUGCUCACAGAUGGACCCAGUUUACUCUAGUGUAGUAAAGAAUGCUGGUUCCCAAAACAAAAUUGCUGACUGUGAAGAAGCCUUAAUACACAGAAAGCACAGCUCAUGCUCCAGUUUUGAGUCUAGAAAGAGUUUGAAUCAGUCAAGUAAUUUAACAAUGCACCAAAGAAUUCCUACUGGUGAGAAACCAGUAUGUGGGAAGACCAUGAAAUUUUCAGGGACUCUCAAAACGCAUCCGCACGCUCAUGCUGAAGAUAAGGUUUUCAGUUGUAAAGAAUGUGGAGAGACAUUCAUAUUUAUAAGCAGUUUACUAAACCACCAGAAACUUCACGCUGAAGAGAAACCAUCCAUAUACAAUGAAUAUGGGGCGAGCUCUAGUGAAUCUGGAAAAUUAAUAAAUCAAAGCAGAAUUCACACACAAGCAAAACCUUUCUGUUGUACUGAAUGUGGGAUGACAUUCCGGGAGUCAGGAACUUUAAGAAAACACCAGAAGAUGCAUUUGGGAGGGAAGCCAUACAGUUGUACUCUGUGUGGGAAGACCUUCAGUCAGUUAAGUAACUUGAAAACCCACAGGAAGUUACAUUAAGGGAAACGAGCCAAUCUGUUGAAGUGAAAUAAUUGCUUUGUAUGAAUAUUGUAUUGCACCAGAGGAGUUAACAUACAGAGUCUGUAAAUAUUCUUUGCUAAAGCACAAUGUUAAUAAAUGGAGUCUUUGAA